UAGCAGUAAAUGUAAAUGUAUACAUUGUAUUUAAACGAGUAUCCUUUAAUUUUAUGAAUUUAAAUUGUUUUAAUUAUAAUUUACGUACGUAGUUUCCCCAGCUUGUGUCUGUUUGUGAAUUCUGUGAUAAUAUAGUGCUUAUUUUACGAUAGUGGUGUCUGGACAUACUCGAAUAUUAGUGUAAAUAACAAAACAAACACGAAUUUCGUUGAAAUAUAAUAAAAAAUACGAAUAAAAAUGACGGAGCAUAAGACUAUCAAUGUGGCAAAAAGUAGAAUUGUUACCCCAUUGGCAUCUACGUCGGGUAAACCUCACAUUGUCAUCAACAGAAAUAGGAAAAUAACAGUACUUAAAGGUGAGAAUUCUAAAGAAUUGUUUAAGAACAUAAUGCUAGCUCAAGCACAAACCUUUUUCAAGGAAGAAGUGAUAUAUGAAUCUUGCCCCGGGGACUUUUUAAAGGGACUUCCCCACAAGGUGGUCUUGAUAAAUAGAUUAAACAAGAUAUCAAAUAGCAGUAGGACCAUAGCAAAGUUUACAAACCUCUCAGACGGAACGGUUGCUUUUGAAAAGACAUCUGAUCGUCUAACCCGACUUAUAGGACAGAACAACUAUGAUUUAGUUUUCUCCACGCUCUGCUCUGUUAUAAACCUUGAAUUAAAGGUCAGAGGUAUUAUGGCUCUACUUUUAGAAAACCAAUUUGAGGAUCAAAUGUGCCAAACGGAGAACAAAAUUGAGUCUAAUUUAGAAUCUGCAACCACGGUAGACAAACACUGCCAAACCGACGAGAACUGCAUGGAGUUGAUUUUCAAAAUGAAACAGAAGAAACGGAUAAAGCGGUCAGUUUUAACACCAUAUGUUGUUAAAGACACACCUACGAAGAAAAUUAAAAGAGUUAUCAUUCAACCAGACAAUUUUCCAAGCGAAGUCCUUCAACCAAAUAAGGAACAAAAUAAAGUCAUUGACACACUGGAAGAUGAUGGGGAACUGCCUGAAAUUCAAUUAAACAGUAACAGCAACGAAGGGAGCAUUGGUAACUUGUCAUCGUUCUCCGCUUACAGUAAUCCGGCUAUUUUGUAUCCAAACAACAUCUUAGAAAUGAUCAGUCAACGUACUGAUAAUGAAACAAAUGUAGCUGCUUCAUUAAAUAUUAAAUGUGAAGACUCAUCCCAUACUUUGACUCCAGAGGUGUUGAAGACUAUCCCGUCAAAAGAAGAAAGACAUAAGCUGUUAAUGGCUCAACUUAUCCUUGACUGGAAAACCUGCCUGCAACAUGAUGAAGAGGGAUAUUUGCCUAUCCAUCGAGCAGUGUUGAAUGGCGACUUGGAUCUUCUCAGAAGACAUUGUUUGGUGUUGCGGAACAAACAGGAGUCCUUGGAUAUACCUGCUGGAAACAUGACUGCGCUCCAGAUGUCAAUAUUCCAAGACACGGUGCAGUACACCGUGAUGCUGCUCCGGUACGGCGCGGACCCGUUGCUGACUGAUUACGAGCACCGCACCAGCCUGCACCUAGCUGCUGAGGUGUCCUCCGACCAUCUCACCGCCCACAUUCAACACAUAACCAGACACGCUAGGGAUAUUCUACAAGACCAUGACGAGUUAUGGAAGCCUGCUUAUGAGUUGAAGUCUGACGCGCAGUUGGCUAUUAUACUGACGGACCAUAUGUGCCAGAUGGUCGAUGGUGAUGGCUACACACCGCUGAUGCUGGCGUGUAAGAUGGGUAAUUAUACAAAUGUCCGCCAACUGAUGGACGCCUCACCGGCGUCGCUGAACCUGCAGAACCCCAACUCUGGGAGCACGGCGCUCUUCCUUGCCGUCGAGGCUGCCUGCCUUGACGCUGCCAACCGCGCCAACAAGUCAAAAGUGUCUGAUCAUUUCUACAAAACAAUACAGUUGCUUAUCGAAAACGACGCCAACCCGGGGAUCGAGAACCUACAAGGCAUGAAUGUACACGACCUUCUGGGUGAGAUUAACAACGGCGAACUGUCAAGGCUAGUAUGUACACAGUUAGUAAAAAAAAACGGUAAAGCGGGCACUGACAAUAAGACUGUACAACCUACUGGCCCCAAAGAGACCCGAAACGCAUACGAACUGAAUCUAAUGUGUAUCAAGAAAGUAAAUCCUGACUACAAGACUGAUAAAGUUAGGAAAACAAAAAACGUAAUCCCGCCGCGAACAGUCGAUAAGACUAAAACAAAACCCUACAAAAGAAAACCAAACAUUCUGAGAAAUGUUACGCUGCCGACUGCCAAAUAUGUUGGCAAAGAUUUUAGCAUGACAUUUAAUAAGACAACACCGAAAGACAACCUAGUUACUACACAAAAUAGCUUUAAUUCAAGAGACAAAAAUGCUGUUAUCCCUAGUACUAGCGUAGGAAAUAAUUUAAACCUAUUAAAUACAGUCGACCAUAAGAAAACUCCCGAUGUGGUUCUAAACAUUGGGAAGAGAGAUACGGGUAAAGAAAAGACUGUUCAAAUGAAAUAUGGAGGGUCAGAAAGUAAGAAAGCAAAGGGUUCUUGAGCUGACGGAAGAUUAACGUCCUAGGCAAGCCUCAGGGUUGCCAGGCCCUAAAAUACGAAGCCGGACUCUUCGCUAUAUAAGGAUGGAUAUU